AGCAGUAUUAAACAUCGCCAUCUCAGCUGCAAGACUAUUUAGUCGAGGCUAUUUCACCUGUUUCCAUUUCAUCAGAUACUUUUUGGGGAACAUUUUCUUUCUUCUCUUUCUUGGUGAUUUAUUUGUGAGUGAACAUGCGUCAGUUUCUCGUGAGCGUCCUCGCUGUGCUGCUGCUGUCCCGCUGUCCCUUCGGCACGACUGAGGUCCUAAAAACUUUUGAUGGAUGCAGUGGUUUUUUCUCCGAAAAAUGGCCUCCGGUGAUUUCUGGCAUCCUGAUGAACAACUCUGAUCCUCGCUACAAAAAAAUCUGUCAAAAACAUAACUUCGGUUCGGGAUAUACUUUUGCAACUCUCUACGACACAGAAAGCAGGAUCCCUGUUUUCUCAGCGUACAACUACACAGGAAGAGGAAAAUUCGACAGACCAAACAUUCCCUGGAAGAUCGAGCCGCAGCUUGAUCCUCCCGUUGAUGACAUGACUGCUCCUUACAAUAACCAGGCCAUCGAUGAAGACUACUUCAAAAACGAGUUUAACGUUAAUCGCGGUCACUUGUUUCCCAGCUGUCACGCAGAGGAUGCCUUUAUAGCCGAAUCUACAUUCACACUCACUAACAUUGUACCACAGUAUUCAGGCUUUAAUUCUGGCAGUUGGAAACGCAUGGAAAUUGAGAGUCAGAUUAGCAUGAACACACGUUGCAUUGACAAUAAGGGUAACAAUAAGGGUAAGGGUGACGUUUUAGCCCAUGUGCUGACCGGCGCUAUACCUGGCAAAAACCAACUGAACAACAGGGUAAACAUUCCCUCUCACAUGUGGAUGGCAUUCUGCUGCUGUAAUAAAAGACAGUGCGCCUCUGGGGCUUACUGGGCCCCUAACGAACAAGAACGGAAAAAUGAAAAUAACGUGAUCACACAAGAGACUGUGCAGGAGUUACAGCAAUUUCUAAAUGAAACAUGGAAAAAAAUGUGCAGCUGUUUAAGAACUGUACAAAUGUCUCCAAUGGGGUAAUAAUUCCUGAAUGAUCAUUUCUGGUGUUGGAUUAGAGGUCUGUCAAAAUGCUUGUUCGGCUUCUCCAGAAUUCAAACUCUGUUUUUUAGUUGCUGUUAUAAACUGAACGUCUGUAAACGCUUGCAUUUCUUUCUAAUAAAGCUUUGAAGAUG